AUGCCGAAUUUGAGCAGAAAAGAAGAGCUUGAAUUAAAAAAGGUGAAGCUUGCAGCGCUAAGAGAAGAAAGACUGCAUCGAGAAUCGCUCAGAAAAAAGGGUGCACUCUCUGCGGAUAUCCUCCCUAUUCCUGCUGUAAAAGGUGUAGAUGCUGAGAAAAUUUUAAGCGACCUUGGUAUUGGAGCUGAUGGAAAACGGGUUUUUGCCCUGAAAGAUUCUAAUGUUUUCAAAUCACAAAGUUCUCCUGCGUUAGAUUCAAAGUCUGUAUCACGAAAACAUCCCAGGCUUGUUGCUUCUGGACUAAAUGAGUGUUCAUUUGAACCGGUUAAUGAGGAGAGGUAUUCGAAGGAGACUCAAACGACAAAUGAAAUCCCUUGUGAAACUCCGUCUAUUACCACCGAUACUUGGCCGGAAACACCAUCGUUGGUGACUGGGCCUACCUCUAGAGCACAAGUCAGUUUAGAAUGGGACGAUGAACUCCUAGCUGUGGAUGGAGAUGACCCAUUAAUUGAUGUAGAGGUUUCACCUAUUCCGAAUCACAUCGACGCCGAUAAACAUGUUCGAGCACAAGACACUACUACUCCAUCACGAACCCAAGGGAAGGAAAUGACAGACGAGGACAAGAAAAAUAUACAGUUGUCAGAAGAAUUCCAGAAUUUUUUUUUGCGUGCCUCCACAAUAGUUGAAGGUGCUUUGGAAGAGGACGAACGUGACAUCUUUUUUGACUACAGUGGCGCUGAUAAGGAAGAAAAGCUAGCUAAAGCACAGCAAAUGCUGACCGAGGACUGUAUCUUCUUCGACGAAUUCUGGACGUCUAACCGUGUGGUGACAGCUCUUGACUGGUCUCCCAACCAUCCGGAAAUUAUUCUAACUGCCUAUUCCGCGAUUCAGAAAGAGGAACCGGCCCUAACUCCUGUGAAUCUCUAUGCCGCAGCAGCAACCGCUGACGGUGUCUGUGUGCUGUGGAAUCUGAAGUCAAAAAAAUCUGAGUCAGCAUCAGAGUCGGUAUUCACAUGUCAAGCAUCGGUCACCACUGCUAUCUUCUCCGAUUUCCAUCCAAACCUUAUUAUCGCCGGCACAUACGUGGGGCAGAUUGUGAUUUGGGAUACUAGAGUGAAUCGGAAAACACCAAUCCAACGGACCGGACUGGGCGGGAACUCGGCUCAUUGCGAGCCAAUUAGGUCGAUUGUUGUGACGGGUGACCAGAAUGCUAACAACCUCGUCAGCGUUAGCGCUGAUGGUAGGCUGUGUGGUUGGAGCCUGGAUAUGCUCGCGAAACCGUUUCAGACCAUGGAACUUGUCUACAAGCAGGCGAAGACUGUGGCACCUACGUCAGUGGCUUUCGUGCGAGAUUUUGAUGACAGUUUUUUGAUUGGUACACAGGAUGGAUUCAUCUAUGCUGGCUGCCGGUCUGGAAGUGAUCCAGGUGUCAAUAUGCAGUUCGAGGGUCAUCAUCAUGCUCCAGUGACAGCUAUAGCAGUGCCUAGUGCAGGUGAUCCCUUGAACGAUGCCAACAUCUAUCUCACCACCUCCAUGGAUUGCACGGCUAAGGUGUGGUCAAGAAUGGAAAGCCAUCCGUUGGUAUCGUUUGCGGAUCGAAACGAUUACCUCCUCCACUGCGACUGGUCGCCUUCACAUCCUGCUCUCUUUGCUACGGUUGCUAUGAGUGGUCACCUGGACAUUUGGAACUUGAAUAUGAACAGUGAGGUUCCAACCGCAUCCACAGUGUUGAGUAAUGACGCAGCACCAAAUUGCUGCAAAUUCGAGAGGAAAGGUACCCACAUUGUCGUCGGUGAUGAUUACGGUCGAAUUCGCGUCUUCGCCAUCAAUGAUAAAAUCGCAUCUCCUCGCACGGACGAAUGGACGGUCUUUGAGAAGCAUAUCCAGCAGCUCACAGAGACAGCGAGGCAAGAUGAGAAAACCGACUCAAUGAUGCAUGAUUUUGAUUUUUCAGAUCUUUAA